UGGUGGCGCGAAAACGCAGCGCCUGCAGCGCGCGUAGUAUCGGUUGGGGAUGGCUCGUAUAGCGGGUGUAGCUGUUGGUGCUUCUGUGGGGCAAAGCGCCGGCUAAAAUGUUGUGUCGUUCAAAAAGGGUGAUCAUGUGACGACGUGCAACAAUGGAUACCUACCGGUGAAAUGCCUUUCGUGCAGUGGACCGUCGAGCCGGUAUUUCUCAGCCGACAGCCCAUACCCCCGGAUAAAAAUGUAACAGACGAGCUCGAGGCGACCGCCAACGUAACUUUGGUCGGGACCCUCCGGCAGCUCGCGUGUUUAGUGUCAGUGGCCGACUGUGUUUUCAGUGAGAUAAGUUCCGAAUGCAAAGUGCUCGCCGAAAGAAGUGAACGCCUGUGGGAUAAGAUUCAACACUGCGAGAGGAUCGUAUCCGAGCUGAACGCCAAAUCUGUGGCAGUUCCUGUGGGUGACCUGACCAAAUUCAGCCAAGUAAAGGAGCACUAUAAAGCCAACUAUGUCGAGCCCAGCAACUUGUUCACUCCGGAGACACGGCCGGCCCGCGUGCGUGAGAUGUACGAUCGGUCGACGGCCAAGCCUCCGCUACACGUCAUCCGAUGCCUGGACGAGACGCAAGGAGACGUCGACUCGCGGUGUCUGUACCUCUGCAUGCCCAUCUGGGGAGACGCCGUCAAGAGACGUCUCAAGACAGACUUAGAGAUCGAAGCCAGAAAGCCAGCAAGCUUGUCUACAUCCAAAGAAGCAACAGGUCAGCCAGAAAACGGUGAAGGCACAACACAGGAAGUCCUUCCAUCUCCCGAAGAGAAGAUGCAUGCAUUAUCCUUGGAGUACCCAUCGGUUGUGGUCCCCAUAGAUACGUCAGGAAGCAACUUCAGUCGUAUGUCUUCAGUAAGGAGGUCUUUAAUCCAUGUUGACUUCCUCAUCAAACGAAAGAAGCACCAUAAGAGGAGAAACACAAUAUCAGACGGGAACUCAAAGGAACUCGAAGAGGCUCUCUCCACCAGAAGAAAAUCUGGAAACGUUGUGAAGACAGAAGCCCUCAUACACACGUCCUGCCAGACAGACGAUGAACUCCUCCAGACUGUCGCAACACGACGAAGCAAGCGAAGAUCCGAGGGCAGUCCCUCUUCGGGGGAUCUCUCCUCUUCAUCCACCGAAAACAAUAAAAGUGAAAAGCGUUCCUCUUUUUAUGAAGCCAUGAACUUCAAAUUAGGAAGGGACUGGAAGUUCCUCAAGAAGUCCAGCAAGAAAGACGAUCACGGAUCUAAAAGCGACGUAGAAAAAACGAGGGAAAAGGGAGAUCACUCUUCGGGCACAGAAAAGAAACGACGAUCGUUCCUACCCAUAUCUACUUCUUCGGCUGCGAUGACAGUUGCCGUGAAGCUGAGGGAGAAUUCGGCCAGGACUGGAGCGAAGGGGCUCGAGGAUGGGCAGUCUUCGAGCGGUAACUGGAGUGCAAGUAGCAGCACGCGAGCGUCCGUCGACUCGGAUCAGCAGCAGUGUGCCGCGUCCCCCGUUGCAAUUCCACACAGUCAGUCUGACAGUUCCCUGGGGAAAGACUCUCUCUUUUCCGACCACACCCAUCAUGAUACCGAUGGCAGAUCACAUGAUGGAACUACCACUGGCUACAUGUCGGAUGCAUCAGCGGCUCUUACAGCCACAACACUGGCCUCAUCUUGGAAACCAGGACUUGGUCGCGGAUGUCAGGGAUCACGUGCAAACACACACUCCACAGACCAGGACAGCCAAUCCGGGACUCUCACACCAGAAGCAUAUCAAUCGGACUCUAAGUCGUCAUCGUCUCCUGGUCCUCGUAAAAUCAGUAUUGGGUCCGACCCGUUCCAUGGUGCUUUCGAUGACGGCGACUCCUCAGUGUACUCUGUGGACACUGACGGCUACUACACAUCCAUGCACACGGACAGCGGGCUCAAGUAUGGGAAGGCUGGUGCAGAGAAUGAAGUCACAUUUCGUGCUAGUGGAAAUAGAGGGUCUCAAACGUCCAUUGACACAAUCGGCAACCUAAGUCUCAACAGCUUUCUCUCACAAAAUGCUGAUGCAACAAAUGAUACUGGCUCAAUCUGCAGCACGAGUACGCUCAAGACCAAAGUGCCUCCAGUCCCCCCACCCAGAGUGUCAAGUACAAGAAAGCUCUCACCAGUUCUCUCACAGAAAGAGAGUUCACCACCACCAUGUGCUGGAGACAUAUCAGAAUCGGAGGGCGAAGUAGGGGAGCGGCUGAGGAACAAGACCUCUAUCAGUUCAUUCCGGUACCCCUCCAUAUGCGCUGUCUCGCCUGUUCCUAGUGACGAAGAGGGCUUUAAAUUGGAUGUAGACAAACAGUCUUCUGCAGGACUGUCUGUGCUGGGUUCUUGUGAAAAAGGGCCAAAUGAUAUCAGUGCCAAAAAGGAUCAAGCACAGGAACAAGAGCUCUUAUCAACAGAAAAGGAAGAUUCCCCUCCAAGGUAUAACAUGUAUGGUGUCCAGUCUCCAAGAAAAAUGCUGUUCCUGAAUGCAACUCUCCUUCCGGAACCUUCAGCGAUUCAUGUAAAUAACCCACCAAUGCUUGAGUCAUUUUCCCCAGCUUCAGACAGUGAACCUGCAUCACCAUGCCACCAAAAGACAGACGUUCCAGCAGAUCAUUCCACUGAACUUGUUACUUCGCAUCCUCGUGGUAUUUCCACUGCCGCUAUUCCUCAGGCUAUCCAGGACAGUGCAAACGCCGGUAUUUCUUCAACUACAAGCUCAACAAUGGUAACACAAAACUUGGAAUCACGCGUGACAACUGCAGAGAAAAAUGCACAGAAACCUAAUGCAACGGAGAGUCAGCACUGGAACACAAGCAUGACACUAGCCCCGACCACUGCACAUGGUGUAUCUAAAAGCACCACUACCGUGGCACCUGUGAUUUCAACACCAGUAUCCCCCAGCACUACCAGCGUUCCUCAUAGUGAUACCACGUCACAAACGCCCACGUCCCCAUCUCUACCGAGCAGCCCUUCAUACAUGCCAUUCUAUCUGAAUCGGCCGACGUCAUUGAUGUGCAAGACUCGAUCCCCGUUUCUGUCGUACCUGGAAAGGAAGAGCCCAUCUCCAGUGAAGUCUUCGACCCCUAGUCCACCUUCACCUGCGAAGUCCCCAGGCAUAAGACCUUCUGCCCUGAACCGAAUACCUUCUGCCGUAGACCAGCGGACAGAUUCGGCGAGCCCACUGCUUUCUUCCAGCCCUGAGACAAGCCCAAAAUCGAGUUCGCUUUCCAGCCCCCAGGCAACGACACCCCCAGCAGUUCCGCCUCCUCCUCCUCCACUUACGUAUGACAGCAGGGUGUUAGAACAGGGGUCAGCACGAUUGCCAAGUGUGACAAAUGAAGUCAAUAGCCUAUUCGGUGAUGCACGUUCUCUGAGCAGAAGUGGGGCGAGAGUAACAUUAGAUGCUGCGGGCAAGGUCAUCUACAGCUCUAAUUCUCUGGGAAGACAGCAUGAUGGCGAUCCGGUGAACUACUUCGCACAGCCGAUUUCCUCUACAUCUCCUGCAUCAUCUGUCCAGAAAUAUGCUACGUUACCACAUUCUCUAUCACCGGUUCGCACCAAUCUGCAUGCUUAUGUGAAACUGGAUCCUGCAGGGAAGGUAGAAUCCCACUCCAGCAGCACCCUUCCGAGGACAAGAUAUUCAACCUCAACCGAAAAAUCCUCGCCUGAGAGGGCCAUGUCACCUACCAUCUUGUCUUAUGAUUCACAGCAAAGCUCAAGAUGCAGUACACCAUCAAGCUUUUCGAGAACUUUCCUGAGUUCUGUGGCUGCGAGAGCCCACCAACAACAGGAGGCAGGAAGGGGUCAUAUGCAGGGCAUGAGGUCUCCUGCAACAAACACACCCGUACAGCGUACAGCUUCUGCAAACGUAGAGUACUCCAGCAGGGCACUAUCGACUCCAGUUCCCCAAGCAACAUCAUCAGGUCGAUCAACUCCUGUCCACCAUUUUACUCCAAUAAAUGUCCCUCGAGGAGCACCAUCUGGAAGUAGAAGCUGCCUGCCUCACCAGCCUUCACCUCAGCAGCCCAUUGCUCCAGGACGGAGCUCUGGUCUUCCGCAUCAGCCAGUAUCAAAUGAAGCAUCAGCAACAACUGCAGGUUACAGCAUUCGUCAUUCAUAUUCAGCAUCUUCUGUGCCACAGGUGUUCGAUGGAAGGAUGACACCCACACACCGGUAUACCCCACAGGUGGACUCACGUUCUUCGAAGCUGCCUUCUGCCUCUCGAGGUUACCCCCUUCAGCACUCAAGUUCCACAAGCUCUUUACCAUCACAAAGCUCGGGAAGGAUCAGCCUGGUGCAGAGCGUGCCAUCCAAAUCCAGCUUGAACAUGAGGAAUGGAGAGCAUGCAGGGCAGAACCCUGCACACAUAUACCAACCGGGCAACCAGGGUGUCGUUGUGAAUGGAAGACUGACGCCGACACCACCACAAGGAUAUCGUAGCCCAAGUCAUCAGCAGCAAGGGUUGUCAGCUGUAAUAGGCACGUUUCCUGAAAACCAAGGACAUACCUACAUGUCUCGCAAUCCUGCAAAGCCAUUAUUCCAGGGCUCCUUUGAUAGAAAGCAGGAUCUGGCAGCUCGCAGUGCAUGCCAGAACAAUAACAUGGUACAACAAAAUGCACAAGUGCAUUGGGGUUCACAUGAUAGACCAAAGUCCAUUUCAAGCACUCUAGCAUCUCCAGUGUCAGAGUCAGCGAGAUCUCCACCACCGUAUGGAAUAGCUGUACAGAGGUACAGCUAUGCUGACCCCAGGAAUACCACGAAGUACAGUAAUAACUGUUAUAGCUAUCCUACAUACGAAUCUCAUCAACCACUGAGUCAAUCAAAAUCACCAGUACACUGCUCGAAUACAGGAAUGCAGCUGACACAUCGAGGUGACCAAAGCCCACAACUCUACGGUCAUGUUAAGACAUCUCCACAUAGAGGUGCAGGUGAAGCCAGCCCACCGACAGCACACCCAAAUGCGAGACUCAAUUCAGUGGGGCUACCACAUUACCAGAAUGCUACCUCAGAAAUGCUGAGAAGCCCACAAAGGAGACCAUGCGCUGCAGGUGGCACUGUUACAACACGCUCUGCGUACAACAAUCCUCUUCCUGGUUUGGCAACCACAACAGCAAACAACAGACUGAAUCAUGUUCAGAUGUUUCCUGGUACAGAACAAUCGCCAAAUGAGAGAGAUUGUGGCAUUCAGAGGCACCAGCCCGCGGAAUCGCCAAUGAUGUUGUCAUCCACUAGCCUGUCAAGCUCCGAGUCAGACAAAUCUCCCGACAACACCGCCAGUAACACGUCUCUUGAUCAAGAACCACGCCAAAAGCCAAUGUCAACGGAAGACCUCUUUGCCGCCAUCCACACAUCUAAAAGAAGGCACGGCAUUAAGAUUGAAAGCGACGUGAUAUCACCACUGUCCUCAAGGUCCAGCUCUCCCUCUGUGGGCCGUCCGGGCACGCCAAGCAAGGGAGGUGUUGCAGAGACAGGGUUUCUAAGCCCACGCGGAGCUCGAGACCGCAGUAGCUGGUCAGGAGAUGUCAGGACAUGUAGUCCUCACCAGAGAAGGUCGUUAGCGAACGAUCGCCUCGGUCCUGCUAAGCCUACUAGCCUGCUUGACUUCAAGAAGCUGCUCUUGCAGACAAAAACCAGUAGCAAGAAUGGUCAGGAGAAAAUAUCAGCAGUUGAGCUUCUGAAAACAUCGUCACCAGUUAACAAAUCAGCUGAAGAAUCCAGCAAAUCACUUGUGUCUUCCCCAGUGAAUCCCCCAAGCCCUGGAGACCAGGCUUGGACAACAGUUGCACCACUGAAGCGUGGUAGGGUGAGGUCAUCCUUGCAGUAUCGCUACGAUCAUAUGUGCCCUCCCAUUCUGGAGGACUGCCUGGAAGAGCUACCAGAAGGCAAGACUACCCUUACCAAGUCAUUCGAGGAUGCCAGUCCUUCUGGGUCACCCCUGAAAGAGCAGAAGCCGUCAUCAAGUACUUGGGUGUAGAUUUCAACAGACGCUUUGUGGCGAUCGACAACUACGGCACCGAACUGAAGUUCACGUUCAUUCUCUUAUUUUAUAUUUCUUACAGUAAUGAAUUAAGGCAUGGUGCCAGCUGUCACAGCCAGUAGUACUGGUCUUCAAUCUGCAUCCUUGUCGGGGCAGAAAUUACCCAUGCUUCUCCAAGGAUCAAAAUUGUUUUUGCAGUUUCCAGGAAAAUAGCACAGGAUAUCUUCUCAGGAAGGGAAUUGAGAAGUAGGUACUGGCAGGCUCUUUUGUGUAUUACAUGAGAUAUCGUCCUUAAAGGAGAAAUAUAGUUAUGCAUACUGACAGUGAAAACGUCUGCCAGUAGUACACUGCAUACCCUACUAGAUAAAUGUUACACAUCCAUGGCUGGCAUGGUGUGUCUGUACCACCAUUAAUGUACUCGCAAAAAUGACAUGACCCUGGUCCGGUUGAAACACAUCAUAUGUUAAAUUACUAUGUCACGUUAUUUCCUGGUGUUUGUACGGUGAUAAGAUAAGUUCAAUGAAAUUUUUAGGGGUGACAUGUGCUGUGCCACAUUCACGCUAUUCCGAGCAGCACAUCUUGGUCCAAUAUUGGACCAAUAUUGGCAAUGUCGGCCCAAUAUUGCCAAUAUUGGGCCAGUAUUGCCAAUAUUGGUUCAAUAUUGGGCGAAGAUGUUGUGCUGCUUGGGAUAUGGCACUUGAUGGCAUUCAAUCACCAUGCGUAUUCGUACCGUUUUAGUGAGUUUAUACAGUUGUAUUAUGCAUUUUGAGCGUUCCUUUGAAGAUAUUUUCUUUUGGCAGCUGGGAACACAAAUGUGCCGCAUGUGUACAUAUGCAGUGUUUUAGCACUCUUAUUUAUGCUUUUCUUUAUAUCAUAGCACAUACCUAUCUAUUUGUAUGGUUCACGGUAUUUGAUUUUAUUGUAUCAGGCUUCAUCCUGGUAGGGGUUAUGCAUUGUAAGUUUUAACAAUUAUUUAAACAUCAACCCAGUGUUCCCACUAUUUUCUGUGUACGUCAAAAAAAUGAAGGCGCUGUCACUAUGCUGUCAGCGUAUAUGGCACACAAGAAACGUUGUAGAGGUACUGGACUGCAUAUGCAUUCCACAUGGUACAAUUAGUCCCUGAGAGAGCAUGUACCCAUAGAGCACCCUUAUCAGUGGGGUGCAGCAUUUCUGUUUCCCUUGCCCUUUCAGGCUCUUGACUAGUCUGUAUGGGUGGUAUCAUGCUUGAAAUUACGAAUAACAACAAAGGAACCCAAUGGGUUUCGUUUAUGCUCCUCUAAACAAUUGGUCAUGAAGUGUACAGCAUCAGAGAACGUCCUUUGUUUGGAGCAUGCGGUUGUUAAAAAAAGGUAUUCUCACGUUUGUCCACCGGUGCUGCUGCUAUCGGAUUGGUUGCAAGUUGUGCUGUGUUACAAGACAGUCCAUAUUCUCAGGCCUACUGUGCAUUCCAUGCAUUUUCGAUGAGUCGGAUAUAAGAAAAGAUACCGGGACUUACACCAGUCCUCAGUAGCAGUUCUGGAAGACAAUAGGCUUUCCUGAGGAAGCUGUCUUCAGCUGUUUGGAGAACUUCUUCAUACAGAGAAGUUGCCUCUGCAAAAAUUCUUUCCAUGCCUGUUGCCACCAUGUGAACACACAGAAAGCUUUUUCACUGCUGCAUGUUCUUUUUUUUUCCUCUCUCUUUCGUGGCAGAAUGUUUUCAGAGUGCAAUUCAAGUACGUCACCGACCAGAACUGUCGCCCUUCGCAGUAGCAUCACUUUCGUCUGUCAAUGAAAUCAACUCGGAGAAUGCAAUGCCUUUUCUACAGGCACACUGAGGGCAUUCGGAGACAUUUGGGGAUGACACCAUUGUGAACAUUCUUGUAUUUCACUUCUCAUCUCAUGAGUGCCAUACAUGCGUUUUAUGUUUUUAAAUGCAUAGAUGCACAUAAGGACAUCAGCAUAUGCCUGUAUUGCGUCUCAUAGAGCUGUUUGUUGUCACACCUAACCUACUUUAGCUAGCUAGGUAUGAGAGUGUGACAAAGGUUCCUAUUGAAAGGCUUGGCAGAAACAGCUACCACUGCACUGCACAUGCUUAGCACUGUGGGCACUCGUAACACGGAAUGGAAUCUUAUUGACAUCGGGCCAUUCUAUGCAGGCUUAUUCGGCAUCAGUGUUUGUAUUUACAGUCCUGAGUUAAUUCAUGUCUUGCACAGCAACAUGGAGUUGCAAACAUGUCAACAUAGCACAACGACAUAAAGCCAGUUCAUGCCACACGAAAAAAGCUAUCCGGUUACAUGAAAUUCCAGCAGGCUAUUCUCUGCUUAGCUGGAAGCCAUGGCAUAGCUUUUGCGCAUCUAAUUCACUAAUGCUUUAAGGGUGCACAGGUGCAUUAUCAAGCAUACCCCCUUCCCAUGUGACAUUCUGUCAAGAUCCAGGUACCAAACGUGUUUUUCAAGCUGCAAGUCGCUAACACAUCAGUGACUCCAAUGGGUCACAGUCCAGCUUUUAUGCCUAUGUUAGACUGUUACUGACGGCUGUUAUGCGAAUCACUGUCCUUGUGCGUUUCUUGCCCCUUGAACGUGAUGUGACCUUACCAAACACGUUAUUAACGACAGUUCAUAUUGUGCUGUACUUCUGUACCAACUGUCUAUGUUUCUGUUUCUGUUUCUGUUUCUGGUGCUGGCAGCGGUAUUGCUCAUUGCACAUUCCUGGUACAGCGCUAUGAGACGACGACGCAGACAGUACACUGAUUGAUCUGUGUUGUGUCACUACUUUCCACGUCAUCCAAGCUUUUCCGGUUCUGGCUGUCAUUCUUUGCCUCGGCAUUACAUUUCUUAUAUUCUUCUUCUUCUCCCUUGCAUCUUCUAGUUGAUGCAUGCCUCAACUACAUAUGCCCAAGGUGGCUGUGUGCCUUAUGGACGGCUCCAAGAAGAGCGUCCUGUUCAAGAGUUGUGCGGUCAUUGCUACUGAUGGAAUGAAUUGUACAAGUGUGUAUACUAUUAGAUGCCUUCGAAGAAGGUAUAUGUGUUGCAUGGAUGAUGUGACGUACUGUGUCCGAAUUUUUUUAGAUUGCAAUUAAACAGAAUACAUUA